UAUAAAAGGGGGUGGAUGCUGGUUUUUGGUUAGAUCGGAGGGCCUCAGUUUGAUUUACUUAGUGCUGUCCUGGAAUCCAGAGGGAUGCUUAGUUGGCUGUAUUUAUUCUCGGCUAUUCUCUUUACAAGAGCAGUUGAAUGGCAUUAUUUUGGAGAUCACGGGACCUCGCACUGGUAUGAAGACUACCCAAUAUGUAGUAAGGAUCGCCAGUCUCCGAUCGACUUCCCUCAGGUGGAGGACAUGCAUUAUGACUCACAACUGGUACCAUUUCGCUUCACUGGCUUUGAUGACGUCAGCAGUUAUGGACUUACCCUUGUAAACAAUGGACAUACAGCCGUGAUCAAGGUGACGAGCGGGGAGCUGUUCGUGGAAGGCGGGGGACUUCCGGGAAGGUUCCGGACCGCUCAGUUCCACUUCCACUGGGGCCGCAGUAACAGUGGGGGCUCGGAACACACCUUGAAUGGACGCCGAUAUCCCCUGGAGCUCCACAUCGUUAAUUACAAUGAGAAGUAUGGUGACCUCUCAAAUGCGGCCUCCAAGGAAAGGGACGGUUUGGCCGUGCUGGGGUUCUGGUUUGAGGUGGCAACUAAAGACAAUGACGCCUUAUUGCCUCUCAUUGAACAGCUGAGCCAUGUUAAGACACAUGGGUCGUCCGUCGUUCUGUCCGGAGUUAACCUUGGUCAGCUGCUGCCGAUCCACGACGACUACAUAGAAUCCCACUACUUCCGGUACUCCGGUAGUUUGACCACUCCCCCUUGCUUUCAGAGUGUUAUCUGGACAGUGUUUCAUCACCCAGUUCCAAUUUCUGAGCAACAGUUACAAAUGUUCCGGGCUCUUCACGAAGACCAACAACCGGACAGCGAGCACUACCUUAUCAACAACUUCCGGCCAGUUCAACCCCUCAACGGCAGAGUUAUCUCCCGUAACUUUCAGCCGCAGUCCAAAGAUACCACUGUUGACACCCCUUCUGUAACAACAACAAAGCCAAAACGCGAUCUGAAAAUCAAUUUUCGAAUGCUUAAACUUUGGUCUAAACACUAUCAAAUAUAGCGCAGGAAUGAAUAUUAGCAUGAUGAUUGCUUUUUAGCUGUAGAAUUUUGAAACGUAUUAUAUAUAGUAAUAGAUUUAGGAAAAAGGUAAUGUUUUCAAUUCAUGCAAAGCAAUAAAAUGCAGAAAACCUUGA